CAAAGGCUCGACCGCCUUCUUACUGUCCCUUACCACCUAUACCGACGACCCGAAAGUGCAAAAUAUUCCGCACCCUUAGGCCGUUUCUUAGUGACAGCAGCCUCAAAUAUCUCAGUAAAUAAGCUCUUGGAGUUUACCAACGGCGAAUUAUAUUACAAUGGCUGAAAAUUACGAAUCGAACUUACCAACCUUGGUUUGCAGCUUGUCCGAGCCCCGUAAAGAACUGCAGGGGACGAGAGACUGUUACGUGUCAUAUUUAAUUGUUACAAGAUCUACAUUGCCUUCAUUCCCGAAAUCAGAAAUCAAAAUUCGCAGACGCUUUUCAGACUUCACUAAGCUUCAUGAAAUUAUUUCUCGAAUGUAUCAGGAUUGCAUCGUCCCCCCUUUACCUGGAAAACAACGUCUUGAGUAUAUUAAGGGUGGAAGAUUUUCUGAUGAGUUUAUCAGCAGAAGAGCAAGUUUACUGAACCGAUACCUUCAACGGUGUUCUUCUCACCCCGUCUUGCACAGCUCUCCCCAUUUCAUUGCGUUCCUGUCUAACUCUAACUGGAAUAACUACGUAAAGUUGACUAUUCAACCAAAACUUAAUGCUACCUCUAAACUGGAAGAUUUAUCAGACGCAUUUCUGAACGCAUUCACGAAAUUGCGGGAGCAGAAGGAGGAGUAUGCUCAGCAAAAGGAGCACAUUCAGCAAAUCACCUCGGGCAUCGUAAAUAUGGAGUCAAUUUUGCAACGUUUAUCGAAGUUGGAACGUGUUCUGGAGCAGAAUUACCACGAAUUAUCUGAUCAAUUUGGUAAACUGAUGGCAAUGAAUGGUAUUUCAGAUGUCUCAUUGGACGAAAUGCAGCUAGCUUUACGUGGAACAAGAACAGAAUUUGCUGGCUUAGCUGACAAUUCUCAUUCCCUUUUGGACGCUUUGAAGGAUAUAGAGGCAUACACUUUGGCUUACAGAGAUUUACUCAAACGCCGAGACCAAAAGCAGUUAGAUGUGGAGGCUCUGGAAGACUUUCUUGUGAAACUCAACAAAGAAAAAGAGAAGCUUCUCAACGAUAAGCCUAGCGGGCUUAACUUUAUGAAAACAGUUAACGACUUGCGCGGUAUCAAUCACGAGGAAAGCCUUCGUAAACAAAUGGAGCAAGUGGAUACUGAGAUUAAUACCGUCGAGCAAGCCAUCCAAGAAGCUACUGAGGUCAGUAUGUUGUUUGACAAGCGUGUCAACGAGGAGGCACAGUUUUUUAAUGCUGUUCGUCAGGCAGAAAUGGUAGAUGUUAUGCGCAAGUACGCAAAACUUCAUGUCCAAUUCUUCUCAGCCAUAAAAGACAUCUGGGAGAUCAACAAACAAGAACCCUAGACUACAUAUCUUACACUUUAUUUUAUCUGCGAAGAAGAAUGUACAGAAUGUUAUUGCUCUAAGUAAAUGAUGAGUAACGAAGUAGGUAAUAUUAUUAUAUUUGAAUGAAAAUGAUGUAUGGCGCAA